AAAAAGGUUUCUUAGUACUAGUAAAGCCUCCAGCAUUCUUUUUUCACAGUGAAAGUAUAUCUCCUUCCCUUUUGCCUUUCUUCUCCAGCAGAUUCUUCUUCUUUCUUCAGCCAAGCGUAUACUCUUGUGUUGGUUGUAAAAAUUCUUCUGUCUUCCAAUUGCUAAAAUCAUUUAGAUUGUUUUGGAGCUUAGGUUUUUCCAUAUCGUUUUUAUGAGAGAAAGUUGGGUUGAUUUUGUGAGAGAGAGAGUUGCUUCCUGACUGAAGAAAGAAAGAGGAAAAAUAAUAAUCUUUUAUUCAACCGGGGAUUAUUUUAAUGGUAAUUGCUACAGUGUUCUCUUCUUCAAGAAAACUACUGUGGCUCUAAAAAAAAUUUUUAGAGUUAGAGAGGCUGUUGCUACAUAACAUAUUCUCACUCCCCACCUGGGUUUUCAUUUUCCAAUGAAUAUUCAAAUUCAAAGUCUUUCAUUUCCCACUCACACUCUCACGCCGGCUCCUCAUAUUAUAUUCCCUUCUUUCCCUCCCCCAUAUUCCACCCACCACUCCACCAAACUUGUGUCCAAAUCUGGGUUUUGCAAUUCACUCAAAAGGGUGUCCAAAUCACCCACUGGUUUGAAGAAUCUUGGUGGUUUGGUUAAGGUCAGAUGUGGUGGAAUGGCACAAAAUAAUGAGAAUGAUGAUGAUGGGUUUUACAUGAGGAGGUGUGUGGAGCUUGCCAGGAAGGCAAUUGGGCGUACCAGUCCCAAUCCCAUGGUGGGUUGUGUUAUUGUCAAGGAUGGCAAAAUUGUUGGUGAAGGCUUUCACCCUAAAGCUGGACAGCCUCAUGGUGAGGUCUUUGCUCUGAGAGAUGCCGGGGAUUUGGCUGAGAAUGCAACGGCAUAUGUGAGCUUGGAACCAUGUAACCACUAUGGGAGAACUCCUCCCUGCACUGAAGCAAUGAUUAAAGCCAAAGUAAAAAAGGUAGUGGUCGGGAUGGUUGAUCCAAACCCAAUAGUGGCUUCAAAGGGACUGGAUAAACUGAGAGAUGCAGGAAUCAAUGUGACAGUGGGCGUGGAAGAAGAAUUGUGCAAGAGGCUCAAUGAGGCCUAUAUCCAUCAAAUGCUGACUGGAAAACCUUUUUUAACACUCAGAUACUCUCUCUCAGUUAAUGGCAAUGUUUUAGAUCAGCUUGGUGAAGGAGUGACAGAGGCUGGUGGAUACUACUCACAAUUGUUACAGGAGCAUGAUGCAGUUAUACUGUCUCCCACACUAUUAAUUGAUAAGCUCUCCAUUCCGGCAUCCCAAGAACCUGGAGCCAAGCAACCCCUUUUGAUUACAAUAGCAAGAAAUCCUAGUCCUCUGACCAGAAUCCCAGCUCUCUCCACUGAAGAAACUGCUAAUGUGAUUAUCUUCACUGACAAAGAGAUGGAUGUAGGGGACAUAACAGCUCAACAGGGAAUUGAAACAGUGGUUUUGGAUCAGAUAAAUCUGAAUGCAAUUCUGGAAUAUUGUAAGCGCCAAGGUUUUUGUAGUGUUUUGCUGGAUUUGAGGGGGAGCUUUGGAGAUCUUGAAGAGCUUCUAAAAGAGAGUAUUAAGCAAAAUUUGUUGCAAAAAAUUGUGAUGGAAAUUUUGCCAAUUUGGGGUGGAAGUGAUAGUGAUAAUGAGAAUUUGCAAGUGGCAAUUAAGAGUCUGGAUAGAGGACUAAAAGUGAAGAAUUUACAACCCAUAAUCUCUGAUAAGAAAAUAGUGCUAGAGGGUUAUCUUUAAUUAAGUGAUUCUGUGAUUGGAACUCGUUGCAGACACAACAUAAGUGCUACAGCCAAAAUUUUGAAUAAUGGCCAUUUUGUUCCGGCACAACUAUGUGAGCUUUAAAAACAUAUUUCAAUGGCAUGUUUGUAAAUAUUUUGAAAAAUUGGACCACA